CUCUCCUCGACCCGCAAUGAACUUCAAAUCUUUCCUUGCUCUGGCUACGAUUGUGGGGGGUGCUCUGGCCCAGCAGAUCCACGGCACCGCUGUCACAUACACUAUCACCGACACGACUUCUCUUCCCUGUCUCGGCGCCGGGGUUCCUGCAAACCGAGUCAACAUCGUCAAAAAUGUUCUCGCCAACGGAAACUACGUCGUCGUUCCUGGUCUGCCUCUUGCGAACUGUGGCUCUGCAGUCUUCUACCUGAACCAAGUGGACUCGAGCACGUCGUACACUGCAUACGCCGUUGGCGUGUCUCCGGACAGCACCCUGGGAUUGGGUCCGGCGGCCUGGGCUGAAUCAGCUGGGGGCGCAACCUCUUUCAAUGCUGUCUGGGUAGUCUCUCCUACCAACGGCCGGUAGAGAUGUCGUUUCUAGUGUAAUCGUUGCCUACAUGAAGCCACUAUACAAGACGGACAACUUUUGGUCUGGACACAAGGUUUCAUGAGAAGAGUGUGUCGUCAGGAUCGUCUUCGUUACUGCCCGGUGGCCAUCGUUCGAUCGAUAUGAGCGGCUCCACCACCCGAACAUUGGCACACAGCCAAUCCAGGACGUCCUGCGCAUCCAGAUCCCCAUCCUCUGCGUCUUCAAAUAUACUCGGCGACAGGCGCAGCACCUCGAGGGGGCGUCCGACUUUCCGGCGGCGGUCCACCGCGUCCCGAACCAAGGGGAGAUCGUUCGCGUCCAGCGUUAUGUGUAAAGCGUUGAGCGCGGGCCACGGUUCCGGAUGUCGUCCCCCCUCAUCAGCCAGCAUCAGCAAGACCGACGGAACUUCCACCGUGUUGUGUAUCAGUGUGAACUCCUCCACUAGGGGAAAGACGGCGCAAAGCUGGCACAGAUCGUCAACCGAAUUGCAGUCGAAGUCAUAGAACGUCAGCGAGCGCAGAGCAGGGAAUUUCGUGGACGCUCCAGGCAUGGAGAUGAAUUCGUCGAGGUCCCCGUGCGUAGGUUCCUUCAGGAUGAGUGUCGCUAGAUUAGGCGCAUCGAGUGUGAUGAGCACACCGCUGAAGACACCCUGC